CAUUUCAUUUACUCACUUUCGCAAAAACAUUUUCAGAGAGACUCAGAGAGAGAGAGAGAGAGGGGGGAGAGAGAGCGCGCGAGAGAGAUGUCGUCGGGACAAUCGCCGGACUGGCUUCCCGCCGGCUGGAACAUCCGAUCGAAAUCAAACGACUACGGAAAGAAAAUCAAGUUCUACGUUGAUCCUGCAACCGGACGAAAAUUCUACUCGAAGGCACAAGUGGAACAGUAUCUUGAAAAAACAAAAACUGAAACUGUUUCUGAAUCAGUUCCCGAAGUAGCCAUAGUUCCCGCAGUAGCCAUCUGCACACCUACUAAUGCCGUAAAGAAUACAAAUGAAUCUACUGAUUGGUUACCUGAUGGAUGGAUUGUGGAAGAGAGAGCUCGCAACAGCGGCGCUACAGCUGGAUCAAAGUUCAAGGUUUACACUGACCCUAAAAGUGGACACAAGUUCUACUCUAAGCCAGAGGUGUUACGUUAUCUUGCCAAAACAGGCGGCAGCACCACCCCACUGUUAGACAUCAAUGUUGUGAACAAAGUUUCAUCGACUGUUGUACAAACGAAACAAACAAAUGAAGAAAUGAAACAAACAAACGAGGAAAUAAAGCAAAGAAAAGAAGAAAAGAAAGAAACUAAUGAGUCUCCUGAAUGGUUACCUCAAGGAUGGAGUGUAGAGUCGAAAACUGGAGACUGUGGAAAAAGGCGCAAGGUUUAUACUGAUCCUACUAGUGGAUUGAAAUUCUAUUCAAAGCCGCAGGUGUCUCGGUAUCUGGAAAAGAUAAACGGCAACUCUUCUCUACAGAUUGUCAUCAGUAGCAAUUCUUCUCCGCGGAUUGUCACUGGCUCCGCUAAUGAUCUAUGCAUAGAUCAAUCAACUGAAAGUGGACCCCUCUUGAAGCCAGAUGUGUCUCCAAAUCACCAGGUGAAUAAAAGCAAAUUUGAUGAGAAGAAAUUGAAUGGUGGCAAUGACCUAAUCAACAGUGGUACUUUCGAGAGGGUCAUUGAUGAAAAGUUUCCCGCAGGGUGGGUAAAAGAGAUUAGAAUGAGAAAAACUAGUGAUAAGCAUAAAGACCAGUUUUACAUAGAUCCUGUAAGCGGGUACAUGUUCCGUUCAAAAGUGGAUGCUCUACGCUUUGUGGAAACAGGAGAUAUCAAGAUGUGCAAAUGUAGGCCGAUGAAAAGAGACAUUAGUGAUCUGAAUUUGAUAAGUAAAAGUACACCGAAUGAUCUAGACCAGUCAAGAGGGGGGAGAAACUUCUCCAAGUCUGAUUUCUCUGAAGAACACAAAACCAAUCAGAGUAACAUAUCCGAAGACCCUUCCGUGGUCAAGGGGUCAAUGAGCAAUGAUACGUUCCGGAAGAAUUCUUCUGAAGAGAUACCACCAGGGUGGAAGAUAGAAUACAAAACCAGGAAAAUGGCUAAUCGAAUUGUCAAAGAUCCAUAUUACUUGGAUCCUGUUAGUGGCUAUGAAUUCCGCUCAAAGCCCGAUGUUCUGCGUUAUUUGGAUACUGGAGAUAUUAAUUCAUGCAAAAUCAAACCAAAGAAGAGGGAUGUCAAUGAUCUGAAGACUGAGGAAAAUACCUUUCCAUCAUCUGCUGAGGCGAAGAAAUCAGGGACUACAACGAAAAGACAAUCUCCUGGUGAAAUCAUGGAUAAUACAAUUGUGUCAAAAAGUGUAGUCUCACCAGAAGCUGGAAGGUCGAGGAGUAGGCGUAAAAGUGUAUCUGUUCCUAAAAUGGAUCUUUCAUCGCCCAUGAUGCAAUCUAGCCAGAAGAUCUCUGAGCCAAUGAAUAAAGAAUCCAAGGGUGAAGAAACCGAAAUCGUAAACCUUUCUACUGCUAAUGACAUUAUUUUAUCUGUGAUAAACGAUAUCUUCAAUGAUGAUGAAGUUUUAGAGAGUGAGCGUAUCAUGCAAGAGACUGAGAGCGCAAUUAAAUCCAGGAAAGAGACUGAGAGCGCAAUUAAAUCCAAGAAAAAGAGAGUGCUUAACCCGCCUCUUCGAUCUUCAAAAAGACUUGCAGGGGUCAAUCUCAAUAAUACAGGGAAGAGUAGUCUAGGUGAAUCUUCUCAAGCUUUAGCUGGGGGUGAUGAUGAAACAAAAGCUGAUCCAUUGUCACACAUAAAUGCCUCACCUCGUGAAGUACCCCAGCAACUUAAGACUCCGACUGAAGGUGAGGUUGCAGAUCCUACUUUCAUUUCGAACGAGAAUAUAUUGAGCUAUGGGUUGAAUGGAAGUGGAGAGAAGCCAGUUGACCAAUCUGUUACAGAGAACCAAAUAGGGAAGCAGGUGACUGAGAAACUCGGUAAUAGUCUUCAGAAAGAGUUGGCACAAAAUGCUGGGCAACAAGGAGAUGCCUCAGAAAACCAUUUAGAGAGGCAGGAGAUGGAGAAACAAAAUGAUGGGAGGAAUUUAUCAGAGCAGCCGCCAAUUGAAUAUCCAUAUAUGGAGGAUCCAUGUUUUGAAUUUGCAUUCAAAACUCUUACAGGGGCAAUACCAGUUGAGGAGAACUUGUCAUUUCAGGAUUACUUUAAGCAGGAAGCGGAUACCUCUCAAAAUGAACACAAUGGUCAUGUAGGACAACCCAUCUUUUCUUCAGUUGAAGUCGCAUCCCAGUCUGCUGCCAUAGAGACACCUGUGCCUUUGCAGCAGUUUCCUUCAUAUAGUACUUACCCUGCCAGCACCAGCUUGCCACCAGGCUUUGCCAACACCAGCGUGCCACCAGGCUUUGCCAACACCAGCAUGCCACCGGGCUUUGCCAACACCAGCGUGCCACCGGGCUUUGCCAACACCAGCGUGCCACCAGGUUUUGCCAACACCAGCGUGCCACCAGGUUUUGCCAACACUAGUCAACAAUCUGGAUUCGUGCCCCCAGGUUUUGCGAACACAAGUCAACACUCUGGCUUUGGGACUGGAUGGCAGACAACAGCCAAAUGAAGAGAUUAUGUCAUAUUUAUGGUAGAACAGAUCUAGACAAUCUAGCUAGUUAUAAAUUACGGUUAGAAAGUGCCGGUCCAAUCAUUAGCACAACAUCGUUGUAUAAUUUUUAGCUAGUGCUUUUGUACUUUAACUGAGUCCUUUUCAUGGUGAUGGAGUUUGUUUUGCUUAGUACAUACGACCAACGAAUCACUGAAUUUGUAAUGCAAGAUUACCGUGACUGGAUUACUUAUUUCUUUUAUUAACUCAACUAAAGUGUUGGCGCC